GGAAUGUUCCGCAGACCUCAGAAGCCAUUUUGAGAUGAUGUCCCUGUUGAGAAACCCUAGGAAGAUGCUGAAACCAACGAACAUGGUUACAUUUCUGUCUGUUUCUCCCUCCGUCUCCUCUCUUUCACCAUGGCAGCUGUCAACCGACGGGACAUUAGCAAAGCGGGGUAUCAAGCUGUGCUCACAGAGUUAAAACGUCAUUGAUAUGAAAGAGGAGAGUGUCUGUUUACUGUCUCUGUCGAGACAUGUAACACCGUGAGUUUUUUCCAGUCUGAACUCUUCCAGCAUCUCUCACAACCCAACGUCUCCUUGAGUGACUGAGUUAACUCACUCUUGUACCGGAGAGAAGGGAGGCAGAUCCGUUUUCCAAUGGCUUCUGUGAGCCUUGUUUCCAGUCCCCCAGCCCCUGUUCUUGACAAAAACAUGACAGACUCUGAGCUUGCAGGGGAUGAAAGAGAGGAUGGCGAACUUGAAGAUGGAGAAAUAGAUGAUGAAGGGAUUGGGAUUGAAGAGGAAAACAAAGAGGCCACAGAGGUGAACGAAGACAAGGAGAAAGAGAAGGAUAAAGAAAAACCUAAAGAGAAAGAAGAAAAGACUCACAGGCACUCCAGGAAAAGAUACAAAAAGACCAGAGAGAAGAGGAGGUCUAAAAGGAGGAGGCGUGACAGACAGAAACACCACUCCCCCUCCAGCAGCUCCAGCUCUGACAGUUACGACUCUGACUACGACCGACUAGAAAGGCCCAAAAACCGGAAGAGCCAGGGAUCUAGCCGCGAGUCCGAUGGCCAGUCCUCUCAGCACGGACGGGACUCAAAGGGAGGCCACGGCAAGUCCCCGCCACACAAGAGCAGUGAUUUUGACAAAUACAGCGACUACAGUGAUGACAAGUAUGACUACGAGGAAGAGGAGGAUGAUUAUGAAGAUGACAUGUCCGAGUAUCCACAGUCAAAAGAUUCAUCUUCCCAGAGUCAGGGAAAGGGGCGCCAUGCUAAAGACCAGAUGAAGAGAGGAAACAUGAGGGGGAUGAAACCACAGCAGUUUGGGCAGAGGGGGAGGGGCCGAGGGAGCGGACCAGGAAGAGGACGCGGGAUGCUCAACAAGAACAAGAAGCUGAAGGGCAAACCCUGGGGAGGACGUGGACGAGGUCGAGGAGGAGACCAGGGCAUGGAAGACAUGGCACCGGAAGGAAAAAAUUCUUCCGGUUUUCAGAAGAAACGGCCAAUUAUGAGCAAGGAGUUUAUCAAUCAGCACACAGUUGAACACAAUGGUAGAUACAUCUGCAAGUAUUUCCUGGAGGGUCGAUGCAUCAAGGGGGAGCAGUGCAAGUUUGAACAUGAGCUCGUAGUACCGGAUAAGAAAAAGGAGCUUUGCAAAUUUUACCUCCAAGGAUACUGCAGUAAAGGAGAUAAUUGCAUUUACAUGCACAAUGAAUACCCGUGCAAGUUCUUUCAUACUGGAGCCAAAUGUUAUCAAGGGGACAACUGCAAAUUCUCCCACGAAGCUUUGACUGACGUCACCAAAGAGUUGCUUGAUAAGAUAAUUAACACUGAAGAGGAGAACGCACGUGAGGACGAGUUGGAGCUGGAGGAUCUGAGAAAGCAGGGAAUCGCCCCCCUUCCGAAGCCUCCUCCUGGGGUGGGGUUGCUGCCCACUCCUGGUCAGAGCAGUCCUACAGAUGGAGCCUCUGGCCAAGCGGGGAAGAAGAUCCCCUCCCUGUUUGAAAUCAAGGUUCAACCUACUGUAGACUUGGCACACAAAAUUGGUCUGAGUGGAUCCAACUUCUCCCAGAAUCAAGGUGAAGGUGGAGGUUCGGAGGAGACACAGAGCGGAGGUAUGGUGCCUUCAGGCCCCUCUGCUCCUGCUGUUCCUCCCCCUGAAUCACCUGUUCCUGUGGGCCACCCCACUGGGCCACCCAUGCCACAGAGCCCACCAGGACAACACCCACCACACGGAUUUCCAAUGCCACCACCAAUCCCCCCUGGUCAACCCCCACCCUUCCAUGGAAACCCUCCGAUGAAUAUGCAGAGGCCUCCGUUCCCUCCAAUACCAGACAUGCAGAUGCUGCAAAGCCUCUUUCCUUUUCCAUCAUUGGGUCAGAACCCAGUCGAGUUCUUCAGUAACUUCCUCCGAAACCAGGCCAUGGGUCAACAAGGAGACCCUAGUGUGGCCUUCAUACAGCAGCAGAUGGGUGCAGAGUCACAGUUGCAGUCUUUACCACCAGCAGUACAGAAAGCCAUCUUUUUACACCUGACGCAACAACAAGAGUCACAUCCACAGGGGAAUGAGCCACAGCGAGCAGAGGGCCAGGAUGAUAAUUCAAACAGAGAUGAAACUACAAACUGGUACUCAAGCGACGAGGAGGAUGGGAGCUGUGUUUCCUCCAUCCUCAAAUCUCUAAAGAAGCAGAGCGAGAUGCAGCAGUCUCAGUCCAAGCCCCCCCAGGCUGCCGCGGCGGCGCCAGCGCUGGGUGACCCUCGCCUUGUGAAGGAGAGGGCCCCACCCAGUGACCCCCGUGUGAAGACAGACCCUCGACAGCGACCACCAGAUGUGAAAAAGGAGUUGGAUGGAGCUGCAGACCCACGGCUCUCCAGAGACCCCAGGAAGUUGAGACCAAUGGAGCCAAGUUCCUAUCGCCAGCAGAGUCACCCUGCUCCUCAGAAGCCUCCUGCAGGAGAUGACGAUGAGGAAGGAGAGAGGGAGCUCAGGGACAAAGCUGUUCUCAUCCCUCUAGAUGCCAGCCCCGGCGUGGUCCUGCGGGACCCUCGUUGCCAGUUAAAGCAGUUUAGCCACAUCCGGGUGGACAUCCUGCUCCAGCGGCCAACCUUCGCUUCGACGGUGGUGUGGGCCCCUGAGGACCUCAUCCCUUCCCUGGUGCCCAAGCAGGAACACUCCAUCAACCUGCCCCUUCCACCCCUAAUUGCAGAUGCUCAGAUGAACCGAACAAGCAUACCUGACCAUCCCCCCGUCUCCAGCCCUCCGCUGACUGACCCCAGACUGGCAGCUGCACGUUUGAAGGAACGUAUGAGUCGAUUGUCCUCUGGAUCUCUAGAGUCUCGAUCCUCCGCAGAGAGACCUGCAGAUCCACGUCAGCAGAAGACCUUGGACCCCAGACUCAAGCGUACAGGAAGCCUGGACUCCAAGCUGCUGGGUCAGAAAGAGCCCUCCGCUGGGGGAGGUGUUGUGGACCCAAGGCUACAGAAGGCCAGUGCUAGCUCCUCUCCUCAUACUGCUCGAGCCAAGCCGGAGCCUGAGAAGCUGCCACCGUAUGCCCCCCGUCUGGCGUCCUCUGGUGGAGGGUUAGAGAGUCCCACCACAAUCCUCGGGGGCAUCAGUCUGUACGAUCCUCGUAACCAAACCGAGCAGGCUCAGAAGGAGCAAGCAGAGCCUGCUAAAAAGACGGGCAUUUUGAAACACCCAGAUAAGAAAGACAAUACUCCACCACUGUCACUCUCACCAACCCAACGAAGUGGCUCUUCUGAAGAGGCCAAAAGCACAGAAGUUGCCUCAGAUCAGCCUCCACCUUCCAGUUCCCCCAUAGUGCCUCCUGCCUCACCUGUGAAACCCCCCGCAGUUCAUAAUCUGCCCAUCCAGGCGCUGGCCGGGUUGAUCCGACCACAGUACACUGACCCCAGGCAGGCUAAGCUAGGAGGACAGGGCUCUACAGGAGCACAAGAAGAGGCGGAGGAAAAGAAGGAGAAGGACAAGGAGCAGGAGCAGGAGCAAGAGGAGGCCAUGGAGGAAGAACCAAAACAGGACAAUCCAGAGGAGGACGUAGAUGACAGGACACUUAAAGACGUGUUCAAGACUUUUGACCCCACUGCUUCCCCCUUCUGUCAGUAAACACUAUUCAUUUUUAUUUAGCUUUACAUGAAUCUAUUUAUUUCUGUACAUAAAUGUUCCUGUAUAGAAUCACAUACUAUCUGGUGCACCACACAUUUGUCAGUAUGGACAUGAUGCUCGAUAUGUGCACAGACACACACACACACAGCGCAUAGGUCCUUUUAACAUAAUCGUAUUAAUGCUAAAGUAUGUAUUUUGAAAGUGUGUCAAGGUCUUUUAUCAUUGUGUGAUUUCCAUGUUCGUUUUAAACAAUCAGAAAACAAGGAAUUAUGUUAAUUUGUAUAGUUUUCACGAAGGACUGACCCAUAUUGUCUUGACUCUGUAGAAUAGAUCAUUCAUUCACUCCGUAUCCAGAGACAAAAUGCUAAGUGAUUGAUCAAAUGAACCCCCUUGAGAUUUUUUGUAUUUACUUAUUUAUUUCAAGACACUUUUAUAUUAUGAGAUUUUUAUGUUUAUGCUCACUUUUAUGAGGGAUUUUUUUCACAAUAAGUCAACAGAUUUACUGUUUUUUUUCCUACCACACACCCUGAUAUGAGUUUGUGAUUUUGUCCUCUGACACGAUCAGGUCACAUAAUCGUAAAAGAAUCCCUGAUAUUGAGAUCCAGAAGUUUGUUCAUCAUUCAUUCCCCAUUUAUUAGGAACGGGCUAAAAUGUAUGUAGCAGUGACUGAUUGCUGUUUCCUUUUACAGCCUUGUGUUAAAUUUCUCUACAAUUAAGCUUGCUUGCAGAAAUGGUUGUGCAAUACGUAUGAGAAGUUCCCCGCUCACCUGAGAAGAAAUGCGGUGUGGUUUUUGUAAAAUUGCAGCCGUUCAAUUUCUGUUUUGUAAAUUGACUUUUUUUCAUUUUAAGUGGCCUAUGUGUUGUAGGCGUUUCUGACUUGCUAACCAGUUAUUAAUGACAGUUAGUGGAGUAAAUUAAUAUUGGUUAUUUGAUUUGAUUUGUCAUUGUUCAAAACUCUCACUGCUGACAAGCUUGUAAAUAAGUUGUUUUCAUCAGAAUAACAAAUGAAGAAAGAAAGAAAUAGAAUGUGCUAUAGAAAGAAAGAUGCAGAUAUAUAUGAUACAGAUACGAGCUUUAUGACUAUGUUUCGUGUUGAUUUUGUUUUUCGAGUUGACUGUAGAUGAACUCACAUGGGGUUAUGUGUGGUACAAGGAGUGAAUGUUGUAGGCUUAAGAUGGCAUAAUGCUAGGCAGUUUGUAUUAUUUGACAGUUCUGUGUCUUUUGAGGUGAGCUAUCCUUGUUUGACUGAAAGUUAAGCUGUGUGUCCUUUUUUUAUUGUUUUCAUAAGUCACAUUGUAAAUGCCUAUUUUGUAUCACAUGUACAGUCUGUUUUUGAGUGUUUUACUGAAUUUUUCCUGUCAGUUUGGUGAAUAUGGUUGUAAUAAUACUGUAUGACAUUUUAACAACACAUAUGCCCAUCACAUUUCAGUGAUUUUAUUAUGAAUAUCUGAAAUAAAGAGAUCAAACAUACAGUAUAUUAU